GCCGGGCCUGGGCCGGGCGGAGCGGGGACCGAGCGAGCCCCCAGCCCGGGAGCUGCCGCGGCUGCGGAGGGAGCGAGCGAGGGAGCGAGCGAGCGGCGGCGGCGCCCGGUGCGCGGGGGCCGGGCCGGGGCGCUGCGCGCACGAGGAGCCCGGGACGUUGCGGCAGGCGGCCCGGGCGCGGGGCCGGGGCGCUGCCACCAUGAGGCGGCGCGGCGGGGGCUGCCUCCUGCCCGCGCUGCCGCUGCCGCCGCCGCUGUUGGUGCUGGUGCUGCUGCUGCUGGGAGCGCUGCUCCGCGCCAGAGGUGUAACAAGUAGCACUGAAUGCUCCUGUGGACGUAAUCACUUUACUUGUGCUGUCAGUGCUUUUGGUGAAUGUACGUGUAUCCCUGCUCAGUGGCAAUGUGAUGGAGACAAUGACUGUGGGGACCACAGUGAUGAAGAUGGCUGCAUGCUGCCCACUUGCUCCCCCUUGGACUUCCACUGCGACAAUGGGAAGUGUAUCCGCCGUUCGUGGGUCUGCGAUGGAGACAACGACUGCGAAGAUGAUUCUGAUGAACAGGACUGCCCACCACGGGAAUGUGAGGAAGAUGAAUUCUCAUGUCAGAAUGGAUACUGCAUCCGCAGCCUAUGGCACUGUGAUGGUGAUAAUGACUGUGGUGACAACAGCGAUGAACAGUGUGAUAUGAGAAAGUGCUCAGAGAAGGAGUUUCGCUGCAGUGACGGUAGCUGCAUAGCUGAGCACUGGUUCUGUGAUGGCGACACAGACUGCAAGGAUGGCUCAGAUGAAGAGAACUGCCCAUCAGAUGUUCCAGCUGCCACCUGCAGCUUGGAGGAGUUCCAGUGUGCGUAUGGACGCUGCAUCUUGGACAUCUACCACUGUGAUGGGGAUGAUGACUGUGGGGACUGGUCUGAUGAAUCUGAUUGCUCAUCUCACCAGCCAUGUCGCUCCGGGGAGUUCAUGUGCAACAGUGGCUUGUGCAUUAAUGCUGGCUGGAGGUGUGAUGGAGACUUCGACUGUGACGACCAGUCAGAUGAGAGAAACUGCACUACAUCUAUGUGCACUGCUGACCAGUUCCGCUGUAAAUCAGGCCGCUGUGUCCGUCUGUCCUGGCGCUGUGAUGGGGAAGAUGACUGCUCUGACAACAGUGAUGAGGAGAACUGUGAGAACACAGGAACCCCCCAGUGUGCCCCAGAUCAGUUUCUGUGUGAGAAUGGACGCUGCAUUGGCCAGAGAAAGCUGUGCAAUGGUGCAAAUGAUUGUGGAGAUGGCAGUGAUGAGAGCCCACAUCAUAACUGCCGUCCACGAACAGGGGAGGAAAACUGCAAUAUCAACAAUGGUGGCUGUACUCAGAAGUGCCAGAUGGUACGAGGGAUGGUACAGUGCACCUGCCACACAGGUUACAGGCUCCUGGAAGAUGGCCGGUCAUGCCAAGAUGUGAACGAAUGUGCAGAGGAAGGUUACUGCAGCCAAGGCUGUACCAACAGUGAAGGAGGCUUCCAGUGCUGGUGUGAGCAAGGCUACGAGCUGCGACCUGACAAGCGCAGCUGCAAAGCUCUAGGGCCAGAGCCAGUGCUGCUUUUUGCCAAUCGGAUUGAUAUCCGACAAGUGUUGCCUCAUCGCUCGGAGUAUACGCUGCUGCUGAACAACCUGGAAAAUGCCAUUGCUCUUGACUUCCACCACAGCAAGGAGCUGGUGUUCUGGUCUGAUGUCACUCUGGACCGCAUCAUGAGGGCCAAUCUGAAUGGUAGCAAUGUGGAAGAGGUGGUUUCCACAGGGCUGGAGAGCCCAGGUGGACUUGCUGUUGACUGGAUCCAUGACAAAUUAUACUGGACAGACUCUGGGACAUCUCGAAUUGAAGUAGCAAACUUGGAUGGCACCCACAGGAAAGUGCUUCUGUGGCAAAACCUGGAGAAGCCACGAGCAAUUGCCCUCCAUCCUAUGGAAGGCACUAUCUACUGGACUGACUGGGGCAACACUCCCCGCAUUGAGUAUUCCAACAUGGAUGGCUCCAAUCGGCGCAUCAUUGCAGAUACGCACCUCUUCUGGCCCAACGGACUGACCAUUGACUAUGCAGGGCACCGAAUGUACUGGGUGGAUGCCAAACACCAUGUCAUUGAGAGGGCUGACCUUGAUGGGCGGAAUAGGAAGGCUGUUAUUAGCCAAGGCCUUCCGCACCCCUUUGCUAUCACUGUGUUUGAGGACAGUCUGUACUGGACAGACUGGCACACCAAGAGCAUCAACAGCGCCAACAAAUUCACGGGCAAGAACCAGGAGAUCAUCCGCAACAAACUCCACUUCCCUAUGGACAUCCACACACUGCACCCUCAGCGCCAGCCAGCAGCAGGGAGAAAUCGUUGUGGGCCCAACAACGGGGGCUGUACUCACCUCUGCCUGCCAAGCAGCAAGGAUUACACCUGUGCCUGCCCCACUGGCUUCCGCAAGACCAGCAGCCGUGCCUGUGCCCAGAGUCUUGACAAGUUCCUGCUUUUUGCCCGAAGGAUGGACAUCCGUCGGAUCAGCUUUGACACAGAUGACCUGUCAGAUGAUGUCAUUCCCCUUGCUGAUGUGCGAAGUGCUGUGGCUCUGGAUUGGGACUCAAAAGAUGAUUAUGUCUACUGGACAGAUGUUAGCACUGACUCCAUCAGCCGAGCUAAAUGGGAUGGAUCAAGCCAAGAGGUUGUGGUAGACACUAGCCUGGAAAGUCCAGCUGGACUGGCAAUUGACUGGGUCACCAACAAGCUGUACUGGACUGAUGCAGGAACAGAUCGGAUAGAGGUCUCCAACACAGAUGGGACCAUGAGGACUGUUCUGAUCUGGGAGAACCUUGAUAGACCUAGAGAUAUUGUGGUGGACCCUGUUGGAGGGUUCAUGUACUGGACUGACUGGGGAGCCAGCCCGAAGAUUGAGCGUGCUGGUAUGGAUGCCUCAAACCGCUUGGUGAUCAUCUCCUCCAACCUGACGUGGCCCAACGGUUUGGCUAUUGACUAUGAGUCACAGCGCUUGUACUGGGCAGACGCAGGCAUGAAGACCAUUGAGCAUGCCAGCCUGGAUGGGAGCAGCAGGAAGGUGCUGAUUGGGAGCAAUCUGCCUCACCCCUUUGGACUUACUCUUUAUGGCGAGAGAAUCUACUGGACAGACUGGCAGGCCAAAAGCAUCCAGAGUGCAGAUAGAAGAACUGGGCAGGCUCGGGAAACGCUGCAGGACAAUCUGGAGAACCUUAUGGAUAUUCAUGUUUUCCACCGGCACAGACCACCAGUGCACACAGUGUGUGAAGUUAGCAACGGAGGUUGCAGUCACCUGUGCCUUCUGGCACCUCUUCCAAAAGGUUACAGCUGUACCUGCCCUACUGGGAUCAACCUGCAGUCUGAUGGCAAGACCUGCUCCCCUGGAAUGACCAGCUUUCUAAUCUUUGCCAGAAGGACUGACAUCCGGAUGGUCUCUCUGGAUAUUCCCUACUUUGCAGAUGUUGUCGUCUCAGUCAAUGUCACUAUGAAGAACACCAUUGCAGUUGGGGUGGAUCCUCAGGAAGGAAAGGUUUACUGGUCAGACAGCACACUGCGGAAGAUCAGCCGGGCUGCCCUUGAUGGCUCCCAAUAUGAGGACAUCAUCACUACAGGUCUCUUGACUACAGAUGGGUUGGCCGUGGAUGCUAUUGGCAGGAAGAUAUAUUGGACAGAUACAGGAACAAACAGGAUUGAAGUGGGCAACUUGGAUGGCUCCAUGAGGAAAGUCUUGGUCUGGCAGAACCUGGACAGCCCACGGGCAAUAGCAUUAUACCACGAGAUGGGGUACAUGUACUGGACAGAUUGGGGUGAAAAUGCCAAGCUGGAGCGCUCUGGAAUGGAUGGCUCAGGACGUGUAGUGCUGAUCAGCAACAACCUGGGCUGGCCCAAUGGACUGGCAGUGGACAAGACUGGGUCCCAGCUGCUCUGGGCUGAUGCACACACUGAGCGUAUUGAGGCUGCAGAUCUCAACGGUGCAAACCGCCACACCCUGCUGUCCCCAGUGCAACACCCCUAUGGCCUUACUCUGCUGGAUUCUUACAUCUACUGGACUGACUGGCAAACUCGCAGCAUUCACAGGGCUGACAAGGAUACUGGUGCCAAUGUCAUCUUGGUGAGGGCAAACCUGCCCGGCCUCAUGGACAUUCAAGCUGUUGAUAGGGCACGGCCCCUGGGCUUUAAUAAAUGUGGAGUUCAUAAUGGCGGCUGCUCCCACCUUUGCUUGCCUCACCCCACUGGCUUCUCCUGUGCCUGUCCCACUGGCAUCCAGCUGAAGAGAGAUGAGCAGACAUGUGACUCUUCUCCAGAGACCUACCUACUCUUCUCUAGUCGUGCCUCCAUCCGUCGUAUCUCGCUAGACACCAGUGACCACACGGAUGUACACAUACCUGUCCCUGAGCUGAACAACGUAAUUUCUCUGGACUACGAUAGCGUGGAUGGCAAGAUUUACUACACAGAUGUUUUCCUUGAUGUCAUCAGGCGGUCUGACCUGAAUGGCAGCAACAUGGAGACUGUUAUUGGUCAGGGGCUCAAGACGACGGAUGGCCUGGCAGUGGACUGGGUUGCCAGGAACCUCUACUGGACAGAUACAGGACGCAAUACCAUUGAAGUAGCUAGACUGGAUGGAAGCUCUAGGAAAGUGCUGAUCAAUAACAGCUUGGAUGAGCCCCGAGCCAUUGCUGUCUUUCCCAAGAAAGGGUACCUCUUCUGGACAGAUUGGGGUCAUAUUGCUAAAAUUGAACGGGCAAACUUGGAUGGCUCUGAACGUAAAAUCCUGAUCAACACUGACCUAGGAUGGCCCAAUGGAUUGACACUGGAUUAUGACACCAGGAGGAUUUACUGGGUAGACGCACAUCUUGAUCGCAUAGAGAGUUGUGAUCUCAAUGGGAAGCUACGCCAAGUGUUGGUCAGCCAGGUUUCGCAUCCCUUUGCUCUGACACAGCAGGAUAGGUGGAUAUACUGGACUGACUGGCAAACCAAAUCUAUCCAGAGGGUGGACAAGUACUCUGGGCGGAAUAAGGAAACGGUCCUGGCCAAUGUUGAGGGACUGAUGGAUAUCAUUGUGGUUUCCCCUCAGAGACAGACAGGUACUAAUGCUUGUGGAGUGAACAAUGGAGGCUGCACUCAUCUCUGCUUUGCCAGAGCUUCUGACUUUGUCUGCGCAUGUCCAGAGGAACCAGAUGGGCGGCCCUGCUCCACUGUUCCUGGUGUGGUGCCCCCUGGUCCUGAAACUACCAGUGUAAGUGGGAGAAGUCAGACACUCUCUGGCAGAGUAACUACCUCAACGACCAAACCUCUUACAUCUCUGGAAAGAGUGGAAGGAAACUGCUCUGAUAAAGAUGCCCGGCGAGGCUUGUGUAGCCAUGACAGUGAGGCAGUGCUUGCAACCGUGGGAGAAGGAUUGCAUGUUAGCUACAUUAUUGGAGGCCUUCUCAGCAUCUUGUUUAUUUUGCUGCUUAUUGCUGCUUUAAUUAUAUAUAGGCAUAAUAAAUCCAAGUUCACAGACCCUGGCUUGGGGAACCUAACGUACAGUAAUCCAUCAUAUCGAACAUCUACCCAGGAGGUGAAGAUUGAAACAAUUCCCAAACCAGCCAUGUACAACCAAUUGUGCUAUAAAAAAGAGGCUGGUCCUGAUCACAGCUACACCAAGGAGAAGAUCAAGAUUGUGGAGGGGAUUUGCCUCUUGUCCAGUGAUGACUCAGAAUGGGAUGACCUUAAACAGAUUCGGAGCUCCCGAGGAGGGAUCCUCCGAGACCAUGUCUGCAUGAAGACAGACACGGUCUCAAUUCAAGCUAGUUCUGGUUCGCUGGAUGACACUGAAACUGAGCAGCUGCUACAGGAAGAACAGUCUGAGUGCAGCAGUGUCAACACAGCAGCAGCCACUCCUGAACGGCGUGGCUCGCUCCCAGACACAGGCUGGAAGCACCAACGCAAGCCCUCCACAGAGAGCGAGGUCUAAAGCACGCGCUGCUUUGGAGAUGCUUGUACCCUCCCUAGCCUCCACUCUGCACAAAAAAGAUGGGACUCUGCCUGCCAAGCAAGGAAGGGUGCAGAGACUAGCCUCUCUUGCAAGGGGCCUGGAGACUGUGACUGCCUUUCAGCAAGGAGCUUGGGCAACUGUCCUGUUGUGGUUGGAGAGGGAGGAUGGGUGGGUUGGAACCCAGAGACCCUUUUGGCUCAUUUCACUGUCUGUGGUUUAUUUAUAUGUUCCCUUUUCCUGGAAGCUGCCACAUUAAUUUUUGCAGUGACUCCUCUGGCCUGAGUCUGGUUCAGAUCCUGUCUUCUCUGGCAACCUGCAAAUCCCACACAGUUCAGAUCACAGUUGAUGCCCAUGAAGAGGGUAGAGUUGGUUCAUCAUUAGCUCCUGGUCGCAGAAGUUCCCCUAGUGGUUCCAGCACUAGCAGCACUCUGAGGCUUUGUGUUGUGGGGUCUCUGACUUGAGAAAUGUCUCAGAAUAGAUGGGGUAUGCUUUGGGGCUGAAGGGGACAGUGACACAGUAUCAAGUCACCUUUUAAGGGUGUAAAAAGAGUAACCAUGCUUGCCAUGAUUCGCUUCAUGAGAGCAUCACUGUUUCCUUUCCCACCUGCUAGUAAAAACCUUAAUGAAUUCUGGGAUUGGAGCACUGUGUCUGUUGCUGGCAGUGGAUGGUGCUCCUGUUCACCCCUUUCCUGUUAAUACAUGUUUCUACUCUGGAAAAACAAGUCAGCAAAUGGUCCUUUCAGAAUUGUUCCCUCUAGGUACUGGUGUCACAGUGCUCUGUUCAAGGAAAAAAAUAAAUUAGUAUUGUUCUUAGCUCUACUGAGCUAAUGGGAGGCAAUGUAUUUUACUCUUUUUUCAUAACUGAUAUAUAUACACACACACACAAAUAUGUAUGUGUGUGUGUAUGUAUAUACAUGUGUUUGUGUGUGUGUCUGUGUGUGUGUGUGUGUAUAUUUAUAUGUAUAAAUUUAUAUACAUAUAUAAAUUUUUAUAUAUAUAUAUAUAAAAAUAUAUAUAUAUAUAAAUAUAUAUAUAUAUAAAAAUAGAAGAGAGAAAACUGGCUUAAUUCCCACAAGUUCCAAUUCUACACGGUCCCAAUUGUCUUGGCCUUUAGGACCUUUGAUUACAGUGAUGAGGGAAAUAAGAGAAUUCCUAGGUUGAUUCUCCCCCAGGGAAAUCUUCAGUGCUGACAGCAAGGAACUGCUUUAUCACUAGGCUGAGCCCAUUUGACCUAGAAGAGGAGACAAUAAUCAUGGAGCUGUAAGGGCCAUUUUUAAAUAGUUGCUUAUCAGAUAGAAUUGCACUUUAAGCUCCAUUAUUACUAGUAAAUAGCUGUCCUUGCAGAGUCAUUCAUCAGCUGUUUGAACCUCAGAUUUUCUCCGGCCUCCAAGGCCUUUACCCUCUAGGGAAUAAUCCUACCCUUGCAGUUAGAGACACCCCAGCAACAUCUGGAGCUUGCAUACUCCUGAGGAGUAUGCCACUGUUUUUUGUGGAUACGCUUAUAGUAAAAUAAGAAGUCUUAUGCCAGAUAUUCAGAAACAGAACUUUCCAGUGAAAAAUCCCUUGCAGCAAAUAGUUACCUCUUUAUCUCCAAGUGCAUUCCCCCCCACGGGGCGAAGAGAGCACGGGGGGGGGGUGUGGCAUAGAAUUGUGGGGAGAUUGCAUUUCAGAUACAAUACUUUUCCAGCUAGUGGCAAAAAAAAAAAAAAAAAAAGGAAAAUCCAUCCUAUUCUGUUCUAACCUUGUUCAGAUACUAACAGUUCUGCUGCCCUUGGAAAAACAUGACAGGUGCCAGCAGGUUGGCAAUACUCUUUACACCAGAGGUGGCUCUGCAACAAGAGGAAGGUUGCAGCUUCAGCAUGGCUAGGUGGCAUGAAACUGUCCAUAACUUGCAGCAUUGGGCUGACUGGUGUAUAUUCCUGUGGAAAAUGAACUGGAGCUAAGGCUUAGAAAUUUCCCUGUGUUAAUGUGGGACUCUUCCCUACUCUCAGAGGGAUUUUUUUAAUUAGAUUUUUUAUUUAAUUAUUUAUUUGGUUGACUCCAGCCUCGGAAGCAUUGUUUUUGUUGGGCAAGGGCACAUUUGGAUUGAGGUAUGGACUCAGUGGGGAACUGGGAAAGGAGUGUGUAUAACUGAGGUGGAUUUUGCCUGUCUAGGCUGCCUGAUACAGGGACAACAUUGAAGGGCUCGAGCAUAGGCGGAAGAACCAAUUUGAGAGGAAGCCAGGUGCAGGGCCGGGGCAGGAGGGCUGGGAGUGAGUGUAUGGGGAAGAAGGUUCUGACUUCUAGGAGAGCAGAUUGUUUUUGUGUCCUUCCCUCUCCACCCGCCCCCAAUAGCUAUGUGAGCGUGCACCAGAAUCCUGAGGCGGGACAGGGGUGAAGGGAGACAUCUACCCAGACCUGUCACUUGAGGUUCAGUCCGAGACACAAGUCAAGUGAGAAUGGAAAGGAAAACCCAGUCAGUCUUUUCAACAAUUAACGGUGCUUGUGAUCUCCACCUUGAUGUAAUCUCUGCUGCUUCUUAGAAGGGACCCUGCACACUCCAGCCAAACACCAUUCAUAACUGCUCUCUGCUCCCUUCCUGAAACGAUUAAGGUGAAAAAGAGCAAAAAAAUGUCCCAUAGCCUCAUGUCCACAAGUGAGGUGGGCAGACAUCAGUUUCUUUUUCCUAAAGUGUGCAGACAGCCCCAGUGAGAUGCUGCCUAGGGGGUGCGUCAUGUUUCCCCCUUUUGGGGAAGAGAAGGCCCUCAUUGUGCUUAGGCUGUUAAGAAUGUAGAAAGGCCACUGGAGGAUGAUCUCUUGAGCACUGAUUUACUAUGUAAAAAAGGAAACCUCUCUCCUGUCUGUCCUGAGCUAACGUCAGUGAUUUCCCUGUAUUCCUGUGUAAUGGUUUUAACGUUACUCACUGGAGACAUGGACUUUCUGGAGUUAUUUAACCACUAUGUUCAGUAUUUUAGGGGUUGAUGAUAAUUUAAUAUAAAUUUAGCUUUUCUUAACUA